AUGUGGGCACACGUGACUUGUCAGCUGUUGGCUCCCGUUGUCCAGGACAGUGACGGGGCUAAACCCAGAGAGGAAUGGUCGUUGCUGUCGGCGUCAGGAGGAAGGAAGUGUGUUCCAGUGUUAUUGCAGUGGUUGCGGGAGGGCCAGGGCCAGCCAAGGGGGUGCUCACACGGCAUAACUCUGGCAAGACAGGAGCAGCAGGGGGGGCAGGCCCACUCCACAGAGCGGGUGGAAGUCACAAGCCAAAACAUCAAUGUAACAAACGACGACAGCCUCGACGACGAGCACUGCCAGCGACAGCCUCUGGCUUUGCGGCUUCGCAAUCACGGUACGACGACAACCAGUCCCGAAUGCCACCAGCGGCGAUGGCUCAACCACUCGUCGCAUCAGUCCAAGAAGCGAUGA